AUGGACUAUGCAAAGAAGCAACUGUUAUGGCCAGAGGAAGUCUCUUUAAAGAAUGAGAUUGUUACCAAGGGAUAUAUGCAAUUACCUCAGCAGAUUCUAAAAAAUCCUAAAGCUUAUAAGUUAGUGGAACUUGACAUCACUAUCAUUAGGGGAAAUGGUUUCCAUCACUUAGUCUUAUAUGAGAUCGAUAAGAUCAUUAAGGAUAAAAAGAUCCUAGAGGAAAAACUAGAAGAAGAGGAAAUCAGGAAAAAGCUAUCAGCUUAUCUAAAAGACUUUGUAGAUAUCUUCUCCAAGCAUGAAUUGGACAAGUUGCCUCCGCACCGGCCUUAUAACUAUAAAAUUGAGUUGGAAAAGCCGAACGAGUUGAGUUAUAACUCUCUCUAUAAGAUGUCGAGAGAUGAACUAGAAGCAGCGCAAGAGUACAUUAUUGAUAACCUGAAUAAAGGAUUCCUUGAGCCUAGUAGCUUACUAUUUGCAGCACCAAUUAUUAUAGCAUUGAAGCUAGGAGAAGGAUUGCGUUUCUGUGUUAACUACCGCAAGCUUAACCAAUUAACUAAGAAGGACUGGUAUCCUUUACCACUAAUCAAUAAGGUUUUUAAGUGUCUAAGUUGA